AUGCCUGCUUCGCCGCCCGUCGCGUUCCUCACAUUGGUCAGGCAUGCCCAGUCAGAAGCAAAUGCGCAGCGGGUAUUGCAAGGAAUCACCGAUGCACCGCUUUCGCGCAAUGGCGUGCAGCAGGUGCAACGACUCGAGGCGGCAUGGCGUCCCUGCGACGAGGCGGCGAACAGUUUCGGUCUUCCGCAGCCGCAUUUGAUUGUUGCGAGCCCGAUAGGCCGUGCCCGUAAGACUUCUGAUGCCAUUGCACAGGGGUGCUCGAUUGCUGUAUCUGAUGAUACAGGAACGACGUAUGCGUCGCGCGUCGCGUCGGUGCCUGCGCCUACAGAAGCGCUAGAAGCCACGGUCCUGCUGGAUGCUGGCCUCUCGGAGCGGCAUUUCGGCAAGGCAGAAGGCACGCGGCAAGGAAAGCCUGUGGAUGGUUUUCCAUGCGUGACCAAAGAGCGCGGCGAUACCCAAGCCAGCUUCACAAAGCGCGUCGCGCUCGCGAGUCAAAAGUGGAUACAGUGGCUCGUUGCGUACGCAGCGCACUGCGCUGGCCAGCAGAGCUCUACCUUUGAGAAACGCGCCCGGUCAGACGACGAUAAUGUCCCCCACCUUGUGCUUGUCUCGCACGGGCAAUGGAUCAAUGCAUUUCUCAGCAUCCAUGCGCCGCAUCUGCGCCGCGGCGCAGAUGCAUUCUAUAUACGGAGCGAAAACACGGGACUUUUUACACUCGCCGUGCACCUUGACGAAACUAAAACGCCCUACCUGCGUGUGAUCAAACAGAACGAGACAAGCCAUCUGGACGGCCUGCUGCCGCCGCGCAAAAAAGCGCGCGGCGCACAGUCCACCACCCUCACCACGUUGUGGCACCCAGCGCCACGGGGAAAUAUGCAGGGCGAACAAACGCGGAAAUAA